ACAUUCGUAUACCUUAAUAACUAAUGCCCAUUUCAUGUCUAGACUAGAAAUGAUAACAAUUCAGAGUGCACUUUGACUUUCAAAAAUGGCGGACACGAGUACAUUUCGACUGAAGGAGCUGAUAGCCGCGCCGUUCACUCCGCUGAACGAGGAUGGUGAGAUAAACUAUUCACUGCUAGAAAAGUAUGCCGACUAUAUGGUGAACACAAAUUUUACCGGCAUUUUCAUAAAUGGAUCGUUGGCUGAAGGUCUGUCUAUGACACUUGACGAAAGGAAGCGUCUGGCUGAAGAGUGGAUGAAAGCGUCUAAAGGCAGGUUACAGGUUGUUGUACAUGUAGGCACAAAUUGUAUCAAGGAUGUACAAGAGCUGGCACGUCAUGCUGAAGCAAUAAAGGUAGACGCCAUUGCAGCAUUUACACCCUCUUAUUAUAAACCAGAGAACGAAGAGGUAUUACUAGAAGUAAUGACACAGAUAGCGUCGGCGGCACCUAAAACACCGUUCUAUUACUACGACAUCAAUUUCUGCACGGGAUUAUACAUAAACGCUAAGAAGUUUAUGGAAAUGGCAAAGAAGAAAAUACCAACGCUUAGAGGCUUGAAAAAUUCCUCACGUGAAUUACCGGAUGCUCAUGCUGUGACUCAAGUUGAAGAUUGUCAAGUUCUUAUUGGUACAGAUGUGCAAUACUUGAGUUGUCUGGCCCUUGGUAUGCCAGGAGUUGUUGUAGCAUCUUAUCUCGGCAACUUAUUUUCCGACAUGAGGAAAGCAUUUGACUCGGGAGACGUGGCAAAAGCACGGAAACUUCAGGACACUGCUCAAGCAGUCAACACUAUUCGAGGAAAAUAUGGAGGAGGAAUCAAUGUUGCAAAAUACAUUUUCAAAAUAUUAACUGGAAUGGAUGUGGGUCCGGUACGUCUUCCACUCAGGCAGAUGUCACUUGAUCAGUUUGAAAAUAUGAAGAAAGACUUCAAUGCCGCUGGACUAGUGAAUAUAUCACAGCCGAGAGAACAGUGAAGAAUGUACAAACAUUAUAAAAAAAGAGAAAUAAUUGUAUCUCGGAUCCGAAUUUACGGUUUAUGUUUGUUUAGAUAUUUUGUUGCCUGUACAUUUUCAAAAAAGGUUAGAUCUAUCACAACAGUAGCUUUUAUCUGGGGUAUUGUAUUACGGUUUAUGUUCGUUUAAGUAUUUUGUUGCCUGUACAUUUGUAAAAAGGGUUAUUAUAACAGAAGUGUUAUCUGGAAUGUAUUUGUCUGGAAUAAAUUUUGCCAGUCCUGGAUCAUACAAGGCGCGCAAUUAAGCAUGGUUAUCUAGUGAAUAUAUGAAUUUGUAUUAUGUGUAUUUCUUUAAAUACAUUGCAGUGUAUACUUUUAUAAUAAGCAGCAGCACGUUAUAAAAUAAAGAAAAUAGUUCCCACCAUA